UCCUGAAUACCUUCAAACAAAGGAGCCAUGUAGAAAGGUGUCUGAUGGAAAAGUAACCUGUCCUUGGUGAGCCCGUUUCCUGAGCGAACGAACCACAGCACUGUGUUUAAGGAGUGGAGGUGACCAUGAUCUCCAUGGCUUUCCGCUCGCUCGUUCUGGUGACUUUCAUCAUUCUGACCGUCGGUGGGAACAUGCUGGUGUGUUUGGCUGUGGGACUCAGCCGUCGACUGUGGCGCAUCGCUAACUGCUUCGUUGUGUCCCUGGCGGUGACGGAUCUGAUGCUAGGCCUGCUGGUGUUGCCCUUUUCUGCCAGCGUGGAGCUGCGCAGCGGGAAAUGGCCCCUCGGAGGAGCUCUGUGUAACAUCUACAUCUCUCUGGAUGUGCUGCUCUGUGCAUCCUCAAUCCUCACCCUGAUGGCCAUCAGUGUGGACCGAUACUUAGCCAUUACAGCUCCCCUUAGCUACUCCCGGAGAGUUACCCGUCUGAGGGUGACACUGGCCUUGAUCACCAUCUGGGCUUUGUCACUAGCAGUGUCCUUUGUGUCCAUCCACCUGGGCUGGAACACAGCAGACUAUAGAGUGCAGCACUCGGACUGGGGCAUGGGGGAGGACAAAGAGGGAUACUACUGCCAGUUUGAAUGGAAUAACAACUACGUUCUCAUUUAUACCUUUGGCACAUUUUACCUGCCUCUGCUGCUUAUGUGCGGAAUGUAUCUUUGCAUAUUCAGAGUGGCACGAGAACAGGUGAAGCGAAUUCGUGCUGCCACUCCGUCGUUUGCACGCUCCGCAUCAAAUGCAGCCAUAGCUCGGGAGCACAAAGCUACAGUGACAUUGGUAGCUGUUCUGGGGGGUUUUGUCAUCUGCUGGUUCCCCUACUUCACCUUAUUCACCUGCAUGGGCAUAAAGGAAAAUACAAACCCCCCUAAUACUCUUAACUCUGUGGUCCUGUGGCUGGGCUAUUUUAACUCGGCUCUUAACCCAAUCCUGUAUCCAGCCUUCAACAGGGAUUUCCGCAAGGCCUACGCAGAGCUGCUUCGCUGCAGAGGGUCGUUUCGCAGAAAACUGCAGCUCACUCAUGUGUCAAUUCAUAAACGAUUGACCUUUACUAACGAACAAAUGGUCUCCCAACAGUCUGAGAAACAUAAAAACAUGGAUAAUAAUGGAACUGAUGCAAAGACGGUCACUCCACAGGAGAUAAAUGGUAUCCCGAGUGAGCCAAGCUGA